AUGGAUUUUGUAAAAAAUACAAUUGAAAAGAAAACGGGAAUGGAUUUGGAUAGUGAUGGUCGAGUUGGUGGUGGAACGGGACAACAACUACCAGGUCAACAUGGUACCGGAGCUCCUGGUCAGCAUGCAGGAGGACUUACCGGAGGUCUCAUGGAUAAAGCUGAGCAAGCAACUCGUUUUGACAUCAAUAAUGAUGGUCGAAUUGGUGGUGGACAAAAACCGCAUUAA